AUGUACCCACUAGAUUAUGAGAAACGCACAAUGCAAGCCGAUUAUCCCAAAAAGUUACCCAAACCACAUUGGGAUAGAGUGCAUUUGGAAUACCCUGUAAGAAAAUAUCCAGGUACAGGAGUGUCCAGUGAAACUAUUGGCCGAAAAUGGGCAGACCAACCCGAAGUGCUAAUGGGAAAGAAAACACCAAUCGAAGAGAUCAAGGACUACUUUCGAGACUACAACAUCACCAAACAGCUGACAAGGUCACAGUCUGCUAAUCACUAUGGCUUCAAACUUCCUGAAACGAAGAGAUUCAACAAACACACGUCAUGCUUGGAGAACGACUAUGUUUAUCCGCAGCCUAGAAGGAUCGAAGAUAGAGUGCCACAAUGCUCAGCGCAUGGGACCACAGAAAUGAGGAGUCGCUACCAGCCACCUAUUACACCUCCACGGUUGAUAACAGACAAGGACCAGUACAAACUCCCAACUAGACUGACAUCAGAUCCGCUUCCUUUAGAACCUAGUUGGCGAACAGAACUAGAGCCUAUUGAUACGACUCACGAAGGUUUUGAGAAGUACUUGGACCCGUACCUGACAACUAGCCGACUUCACCAUCGACCGUACACAGCUGAUCAAUUGCAGAGACAAUCCUGCUCUAAGGAUAUUGUUACUUACUACACAUUUAAGGAUAUACCUUGGACGAGAACUCCAAAACCCCAAACUGAAUGGCGACUUCCAGUGAGCAGAGCAAAGUCUGUGUACGACAGAGAAAAGUUUAAGGAAGGUUUUAGAGAGAUAAGGACACACAACAAACUACCGUGGGUGCCAGGAACGUUCCGGACAGAAGCAAGAGACAACUACAUACCUCCAACAUUAAAACCAGUUUCUCAAAUACACAACUACGAAGAAGAAGCAAGAAGUUUCUACGAGAAAUCCGUUGCACAUUUAUCAACUAACAUUUCAGAAGAAUACGACGCUUUCCAAAAUCAAUAUUCUACAGAGAAUUCUGUUGUGGGUUCUGAAAGACCUAUUUGUUCUGUACUCGAUCAAUAUAUCGAGAAAAAUAAGAGGUUAGAGAGGAAAAGUGUGCAAAUAGGAUAA